GUAGCCGUAGAAGUCUUACGCACGGAGAGACGCAACAAAGUCAUCAAAACAGAGAAGAAGAAGCGGAAGAGCACCGAGAAGAAGCUCGAAAAAGCUAAUACGAGCAAAGAAGACUACCGCGCCUUAGCAGUUAGCCUUCAAGACCAAAUCAAUAAACUCGAGCUCGAGAUCAGGGAACUUGCCCAACAACUCCACGAAGGCAAGGAGAAUAAGAAGAGACUCGUAAAGAAAUACGACGAGUUUCAUGCCAAGGUCAAGAUAGCCGCGAAGAGGGCAGUCGAGCAGCACGACAAAGACGAGACGCUAAUUAGGCAGCUAAAAAGGGACGCCAAGGGGAGGGCGAAACAUCAUAAUAACGAUCCUAAGCUCCAACGAUUCCUCGGGAACGACCUCCCCAACGAUCAGUCCAGUGACUCCGACUCUAAGAACCUCCCGGCUAACCGUAGAAGGAGGGAGAGGGCAGAGACGCCCUUAUCGAAUAUCACCUCCCAGAACGGUUCUCAUGCCAAACGACCACCCAAGACUAAUACCUUUAACGGAAAGGACCGCUCGAGAUACCCGGAGUGGUAUAAGAAACUCCUCAUCAAUAUAAAGAGUUACGAAGCCUGGUUUAGAGGAGAUAACAACAAGAAGAUCGAUUACCUUCUUACCUCUAUAGAAGGACAGGUUCACGAAAGCUUACGACCUACCUUCGGAGUCACCGCCCGCGAGAAGCGCCAGAGCAGGGGGAAUAACGAGAAGUUCUACGAGUUCUACACCAAGUUCAUCACCCCGAUCCAGCAGCUUGACCCGGAUAAGAUCGAGAAGUGCGAGAGACUAAGAGAAUCCCUCUCGAAGCGCUACUUGUCAAAGAUCUCUACAGGGAGACCCAUCAACAACUUCCCUGAGUUGUAUAGAGUUCUAUGGGAACUAGACAAUAAGUUCCAGACAUACGACAUAAUGUUCAAAAGUGAUAUAACGAAGUCUGGAGGCAGACGAAACAGUCCUACGUCUACUAGUUCUACUAACCCUAAGCCACGUAACUCCUACAAAGGAGGAGAACUCGGUAAAUCUUCCAAACCUUUAGACAAGAUAACCGAUUCGGAACUAAGAACCUACCGCAACGCAUUGCCGAAAGGCGCUAAAGUUAACAACAAGUAUAGAAGAGAAGGAGAAGUGGGAGGGAGGAAUGUCAAUUACUUAGCCGACACAGGCGCUUCUGCCUACGCCUUUGUGGACCCAAGGUUGGUUAAGAACUUAGGACUAGAAACGCUAACGAUAAAGAAACCGAGGCCCCUAUUCUUGGCCGAUGGAACAGUAACGAACGAAAUGCUCACGCACCAAGCUCUCGUUACCUUCAACCUCCAAGGACACACUAAGGAGAUGUUAGCGUAUGUCAUAAACCUCGCCAAGGGUAUAGACCUCAUUCUCGGAAUGCCGUGGUUCGAGCUACACAACCCAGAGAUCGAUUUCAGCACCAGGAGCCUCACAUUCAACUCAAGGUACUAUUACGCCAAAUGUCUUACGGGCAAGGCAGUACGGAUCUCUGGCCCCAACCCCAAGAAGAAGAAAGAGACCUCCCCGAUCAAGCAAAGAAGGGAGGAGGGAAAGGAGGAUAUCGACUGGCUGGGAGCCAACGACUUCCUCACAGAAGUCCAGAAGGAAGGAACUUGCGUCUAG